UGCCGCAAACAAUCUGUAGUAAUUAUUAUUUCUUCUUGGCUAAGUCAAAGUUUGUGUUUUAAACACCGCAAAUGUUUUAGAACGAACGAAAAUAGAGUCAGUUAUUCGGCGUAAUGGCAAACAGGACGGUAAAAGACGCCAAGUCCAUCAAGGGGCAAAACCCGCAGCACUUGAUCGAAAAAAUCAUCAGGUCGAGGGUUUACGACUGCCGGUAUUGGAAGGAAGAAUGUUUUGCCCUGACGGCCGAGCUGCUGGUGGACAAGGCGAUUGAGCUGCGGGCCAUCGGAGGCGUUUUCGGAGGCAACAUUCAGCCAACCAACUUCAUCUGCCUAGUCCUUAAAAUGCUGCAGAUACAGCCAGAGAAGGACAUAAUCAUAGAGUUCAUAAAGAACGAGGAGUUUAAAUAUGUGAGGGCCUUGGGAGCCUAUUACAUGCGUUUGACCGGAACUUCUCAGGACAUUUACAAGUACAUGGAACCUCUUCUGAAUGAUUACCGCAAACUUCGGAUGAUGAACCGAGAAGGCCAAUACGUGGUGAUCACCAUGGACGAAUUCAUAGACAAUUUGCUGCGUGAGGAGAGAUACCUGGACGUAAUUUUGCCUAGAAUACAGAAACGCCACGUUCUUGAAGAGAGCAAUGAGCUUGAUCCGCGGGUGUGCGUCCUGGACGAGGACCUGGAAGCCAGCGACUCGAGUGAGGAAGAAGAGAAGCCAAAAAAGCCAGCCAGGGAGGCUGAACGGAGGAGAUCAAGGUCUCGCUCACCAAGACCCAAAAAAGACAGAGAAUUGGAUAGAAGACGUCGGGAUAAAGAGAGAGAUCGGGAAAGGGACAACCGAGACAAGCGGCGGCGCAGUCCAGAAAGGAGCAAAAGGCGAUCCAGGUCGACCUCCCCUUCAGGUCGGCACCGCAGCCAGCGUGAGAUUGAUCACAGGAGGAAGAGUGAAAAGUCGAAGCGGGACAAGGAGCGCGACCGAGACAGGGACAGGGAAAAGGAUCGGGAUCGUAGGCACAAGGACAGCCGCAGAGACAAGGAUAGCACGAACGUGGACCAAGAGGUUGCCGAGGCGAACGCACUCAGGGCCAAGCUCGGCCUGCCUCCCUUGAAAUGAUCUGGGGCCUGGGUGUGCAUCUUUUAACUUUAAAUUUAAUUUCCUCUCAUAAUUAGUGAUUAAAUCAAGCAAGUUAAUUACCUGUAAUAAAAUGUUUGGUCCUGAAUUUUCAGAAGAA